UCGGUGCUUCAGGGGAGAUGGGGGAGGAGUUCCUGUUGCACCUGGUUUCCGUGAUUGUGUUUUUUUUUAGCAAUUCCUCUUGUCCCCUCAUCCGUGAUUUCGAAGGGCAUCUUGUGUCUGUGGCGCUGUGAUGGCAGGGUUUUCCGUCUUGUUUGUCAGCGAGAGAGAGAAAAUGUGUGAGAUGGAAUCUGACUCUGUGUGUGCAUGUGUGUUUCUGCCUGAGUCUGUGUUUGUGCCUGUGUGUAUGUGUUUGUGUCUGUGUGUGUGUCUGUGUCUGGAUGUGUUUUGUGUCUGUGUGUGUUUGUGCCUGUGUGUGUGUCUGUGUCUGGAUGUGUUUGUGCCUGUGUCUAUGUGUGUGUGCCUGUGACUCUGUGUGUGUGUGCCUGUGACUCUGUGUGUGUGUGUGUGUGUGUGUGCGAGAGAGAGAGAGAGAGAGAGAGAGAGAGUGAUAUGGAAUUUGGCUAUGUGUGUAUGUGCCUGUCUGAGAGACUGAUAGAGGUAAAUAGAAAGAGAGAUGGAAUCUGGCUCUGUGUAUGUGUGUGUGUGUGUGAGAGAGAGAGAGAGAGAGAGAGAGAGAAAACGUGUGUGUACAUGUGUGUGUGAGUGUGUACCUCUGUCAGUGUCAGUUUUUGUAAGAGCGUGUGUCUCUGUGUGUCAAUACGAGUGUGUGUGCACACAUCUCUGUGUGUCAGUAUGUGUCAAUAUCUGUGUCAGUCUGUGUAAGAUCAUGUGUGUAUGAGAGUCUGGGUGAGAAAGAGGGAGUGAUUGUGUGAGAGAGGGUGUUUGUGUGUGGGAGAAUGUGUGAGAGAAUCUGCAUGUAAGUGUGUGUGUGCGUAUGAGAAAGUGUAUGUAUUUAUGUCUAAGGUGUCAGUGAGAGCAGUGAUUGAGUGUGUCUGUGUCUGAGAGGGGGUCUAUGUGUGAUGGAGGCUAUGUAUGUGUCAGAGUAUUUGUGUAUUGUGUGUGUGUGAGGGAGAGGGUGUUUGUGUGAGAGGGGAGUUUAUGAUGGAAGAAGAUACUGUGGGAGGGAGGUUAAUGUGAAGGUGGUGGUGGAGAAAUUUCUGGGGGGGCUUGCGUGUGAGGAAGAGUGUGGCUGGUCGGGCUGCACUUGGUAUUGUGAGCAGUUUUGGGCCCCAUAGCAAAGUAAGGCUGUGCUGGCGUUGGAGAGGGUCCAGAGGAGGUUCAUGAAUGAAAGGCGCCAGCAGUGAGGCGAGGUUUUCAGUGGAUGUAAUAGGCACUGGCUGCACUCUCCCUCCGCUUCUCAGACCCUCCACUGUCGGCCAGCAGCCAUGGACGACAACAUCAAGGACCGAACCGCGUUCAUCCGCAGCGCCAAGGACAUCGCCAAGGAGGUGAAGCGGCAGGCGGCCCGGAAGGUGACCCGCGGCACAGAGCGCCUCCAGGACGAGUAUGCCCGCCGCUCCUACUCCCGCUUCCGGGAGGAGGACGAUGACGAGGAUGAGGAGGAGGACUACCGCCGCCGAUACUCGCGUACCGGUGAUGAGGAAGGGGCCUCGAGCGACGCCACUGAGGGCCAGGACGAGGACGAUGAGAUCUACGAGGGGGAGUACCAGGGCAUCCCCCGGCGCCAGCCCGGGCUGGAGGAGGGCUCGCUGGACGACGCCCAGCCCACCGAGGAUCACUUCCGCCCUCUCGGGGGGCUGGAGGACGAGCGGGAGAGGGGGCGCCAGCAGCUGGCCCAGCAGUACGAGCUCAUCUUGCAGGAGUGCGGCCACGGCCGCUUCCAGUGGACCCUGUACUUCGUGCUGGGCCUGGCCCUGAUGGCCGACGGAGUGGAGGUCUUCGUGGUGGGCUUCGUGCUGCCCAGUGCUGAGAAGGACAUGUGCCUGUCUGAUUCCAACAAGGGCAUGCUGGGUCUUAUCGUCUACCUGGGAAUGAUGGUGGGGGCGUUCCUGUGGGGGGGGCUCGCGGACCGGCUGGGGCGGAAACAGUGCCUCUUCAUGUCACUUUCCGUCAACUGCGUCUGUGCCUUCUUCUCCUCGUUCGUCCAGGGCUAUGGGAUCUUCCUGUUCUGCCGCCUGCUCUCGGGCAUUGGGAUUGGAGGCUCCAUUCCCAUCGUCUUUUCCUACUUCUCCGAAUUCCUGGCCCAGGAGAAGCGCGGGGAGCACCUCAGCUGGCUCUGCAUGUUCUGGAUGUUUGGGGGGAUCUACGCGUCUGCCAUGGCUUGGGCUAUCAUCCCCCAUUACGGGUGGAGUUUUCAGAUGGGCUCUGCUUACCAGUUCCACAGCUGGCGAGUGUUUGUCCUGGUGUGUGCCUUCCCCUCCAUCGCUGCCAUCAUUGCCCUCAACUUCAUGCCUGAGAGUCCUCGCUUCUACCUGGAGAAUGGCAAACACGACGAAGGCUGGAUGAUUCUCAAACAGAUCCACGACACCAACAUGAGAGCCAAAGGUUUCCCCGAGCGGGUGUUCUCGGUGACCCACAUCAAGGUCCCACAGCAGGAGGAUGAGCUGAUCGAGAUUCAGUCAGACACAGGGACCUGGUAUCGUCGCUGGUGUGUCCGCUUCACCAACCUCUUCCAGCAGGUCUGGGCCAACUUCCUGCAGUGUUUCACCGCUCAGUACCGUCGCACCACGCUUCUGAUGAUGGCUGUCUGGUUCACCAUGUCCUUCAGUUACUACGGCCUCACCGUCUGGUUCCCCGACAUGAUUAAACACCUCCAAAUGUUGGAGUACUCCUCCCGAACAAAACUCUUUUACAAGGAGAAAGUCGAGCAUUUCACAUUCAACUUCACGUUGGAAAACCAAAUCCACAGGAAUGGAGAUUACUACAAUGACAAGUUUAUUGGCAUGAAGAUGAAUUCCGUGAUCUUCGAGGACUCGCUCUUCGAAGACUGUUACUUUGAGGAUAUCACCUCCAGCAACACUUUCUUCAAGAACUGCACGUUUGUCUCGACGUUGUUCUACAACACAGAUUUCUUUGACUACAAGCUGCUGGGCUGCCGGAUGGUGAACAGCACCUUCUUGCACAGUAAGGAGGGUUGCCAACUGGACUUUAGCGAUGAGAACAAUGCCUACAUGAUCUACUUCGUCAGCUUCCUGGGAACGCUGGCCGUGCUGCCCGGCAACAUUGUCUCCGCGCUCCUCAUGGACAAGAUCGGUCGCCUCCGGAUGCUGGGACCACAGCCUUCGGCUUCCUCAAUGCCCUGUGCAAGUUGGCUGCCGUUCUGGGCAUCAGCAUCUUCCAGUCCUUCGUGGGCAUCACCCGGGCUGUCCCUAUCCUCCUGGCUUCAACCGCCCUGGCGCUCGGCAGCUACUUGGCCCUCAAACUGCCUGAGACCCGGGGCCUGGUCCUUCAGUGAGUCGCCGGGGUCCGCCAUGGCUUGUGUACAUACACCCUCCCUCCCCCUUCAACCGCUCCUUCUCCCUGUCGCACUGUGUCUGCCCCGGCAUCCCCUUACCGCCCACCUGCAGGCCUCAGGCUGGAGAGUCCCGGCGUCUGGUCUUCCCUCUGUCAGUGAAUCCUGCCACAAUCACCCCUCCCCGCCUCAUUCCACCAGAGUUGGAGGUGUACCAGGUAUGGACUAUCCUGAUAUCUGCUUCUCUAGGCCUGUAAAUGAGAACUCCAUCCUGAGGCCGAAAAGCAAGGCUAGCUGCUCUGCCAGGCCCUAACCUGGGAUAAACCACCCCACCAGGGUCCAAGCUGAGGCUGAUAAAUGAGGCCAUCGACUCUGCCAGGCCCCGUCCUGAGGCCACCUACUCUGCUAGGCCCUAUUCUGAGGCCAAUAAAUAAGGCUUACCCCGUCAGGCACCAUCCUCUGGCCAUUGCCUCACCAUGCCCAAUCCCAAAUCUGACUAAUCCGCCAGACCCAGCCUGAAACUGGCUGGGCCCCAUCCUAAGGACAACCACCCCGCCGGGCCCAAUCCUGAGGCCUAGACAUGUACAGGCACCACUUCCUCUUAGCACUAUUGGGUCAAGGCCACACCCUGCUAGAGCCUUACCUCAAGCCCCAGCAUUCCAACCCUCCCCCUGCCCCAUCCCCGGGACGCUGUCCCACACACACAGUGCCCAAUUUCUUCCUGGGAGAUGCUCCCACAGGUCCCAUUCAUGAGGCCCAGUCCCCAGCACUCUCUCCGUAGACUCAGCUGAUGUGAUUUAUACAGUGACCCAGCCCCUCUAUCUCUAUUCUCAGACAAUCUGUGUGCAAUUUCUAGCCGUGUAACCGUUUGGAGUGUCUGUUCCUCUUUCGAUGACUCCCCCAGCCCCAUCGGAAACCAGGGGGAGGGGACAGGGGCAGGAGUCUUGGGGCGCAGAUUGCCCCUACCUAAAGUAACUUACCACAACCUGCCGAGUUACCAUCCGAGGUUAAUCACUAAUCUGGUCACUGCUAACUAACUGCUUGCCCCCAAUCUGGUUUCAACUCGCCAGUCAUUCCAGAUUAUAGAGCCAAGUAACCAUCUCUAAUAAGAUUAGUUAAUCAACAAUCUCCCUAACCAAUCCUAUCUGCCAGUCCAUAAGCACACCUACUGAUGACUAAUCCAACCCGACUAACAAGCUGGCCCCUACCCAGACCCAUCUCUAACCAGACCUAAUUAAUAAACAUCUUUCUUACCCAAUUCCAACUACCGGACUUGACCCACACUCAGUGAUGCCUAACCCAACAAGUGGAUGGUCCCUAACCAAAUCCAACUAACGAGCCAACCCACAAACAGAUCCAAAUAUCCUACCAGUCAAUCCUUAACCAGAUCCAAGUAGCCUAACCAGAAUCUGGUUAGCCAGUUGCAUUCUGACCAGAACCAACUAACUAGGCAGUCAACCAGAACCUAGUUAACCGGUUGGUCUAUAACAUGACCAAAAGUUAACUAGAACCCAGGUAACCAGUUGCUCUGUAGCCUCACAGAGACAGUGCUGGACUAUGUCUAGACACAGGUCUAGGUCCCAGUUUACACCAUCUGGCCAGAGUCCCCCUCUCCCCAGCCGUCUGCCUCCACAAAGUGAAGGGCCACCAGAAGAGGGAAGAGUGGAAAAUGACUCAGAACUGUUUAACAGAGGAAUGGGGAGACUCGUCCAGGAAACAACCUCCCGCGGUCCCCUCCCCAGCCCAGCCCCAGUGACUUUUGAACUGGUGAGUGAAGCCUCGACUGCUGGUUCUGGGACCUAUCCACAGUGGCCGAGACUUCUCUCCCCAAUCGCGUGUCCUUUUGUGACUCUCAGUACAGUUCUGACCUUUGAGUGGCGUAGAAUUAGCGUGUCUGUGUGUGAGCGUGAGUGCGUGUGAGUGCGUGUGUGUGUGUGUGUGUGUGUGUGUGAGUUCUGUGCAGUUCCUUUGUAACAGGGUUGAUGUCUGUGUACAAACAAGUCUUGUGGUAGUUGGAGAACUUGGUGUAUAGUUUCAGGUGUAAUCGUGUUCUCGUGGUGUGUUGGAAUUUAACUGUUUUCUAUAAUAUUUUAAAAAAGCCAACAAUGGCACAAAAAUCCACUUCAAACUGUAGCACAAUAAAUGAACAGAUGACAAGACUAGUCUGAUUUUUUUUUGGGGGGGUGUGGUUAAACAAAGCAUAGGUACAGGCCUUUCAGCCCACACUGUGGUGCUGACUUAUUAAACUAAUCUGUCCACACAAGGUCCAAGUCUGCAUAUUCCAUCGUGGGCACUGAGCCUCCCAACUAUCAAGUACACCUUCAAAGGUCGAUGCCUCAAAAAGACCACAUCCAUCAUGAAGGGCCCCACCACCCAGGAUGAGCCCUCUUCCCAUUGCUAUCAUUGAGGAGGAGGUACAGAAACCUGAAGACACUCACUCAACGCUUCACCUGAGUGGACAAUUAAUCCAUGAAAAUUGCCUUUCUUUUUCCCAAACACAAGAAAUUCUGCAGAUGCUGGAAAUCUAAAGCAACAAAAUGCUGGUGGAGCUCGGUAGGUCAGGCAGCAUCUAUGGAAAUGAAUAAACACAAGACUGGUUCCAACGAUUCGGCGGAUACAGAGCCCCAGUUCCACCUCCGUCAAUGCCAGUUCCAACGACCCUGGACACCUUCAAACUGCUAAUUGCCCAACCUCUAACUCCGGGUCCAGCCUGGACCUCGACAGACAGCAUCUCCAGGCCGGGUCUUCACGUGCCGCCACUGGAACCCCUUCCCCCACCACCACUGCAAUCCUGUGCGUUUCAGGCCCCAACACCAGCUCUUGGGUCCUUGGACAUUCCAGCAUGUUCUCACCCUAACCCACCCUUCUCCUCCCUCAGACACUAUUAACUAUCUUCCCCCCACCGCCGAUUCUCGCUCUCAUCUGUGCCAGGUCUUCACAAUUCCCUCAGAUCUUCUCCUCUCUGAUCCUCAGUAAGGGCCUCAACUUUGUCCCCCCGCACCCACACCUCAGUGACUUCUGCACAUGGCAUGACGCUGAGCACUUCUUCUGCCACCUCCGUCUUCACGCCUACUUCUGUCAAGGACUCUCCACCCCGCACCCAUGUCCCCUUCUCCCAUCUUCAACCUUCCUCCUCUUCCUGGACACCCCACUCUGGCCUUCUGCCUGUUCUGGUCCUUUUCACUGGCAAAUGCUGACAGGAUAUCAACCGUCUUGACUUCAACACUCCUCUCUCCAAAUCCAACGUCAUUCCUUCUGAAUGCUCUGCUCUCCACUCUCUCUUCACUAACCCUAACCUGCAGAUAAUUGGGGGGGAGGUGCUGUCGUAAUCUGGCGUACUAACCUCUACCUUGCUGAGGCCCAGCGCCGACUCUCAGACACAUCCUCUUACCUCUCAAAUAGGACCCACACCCCACUAAGGAGCACCAGGCUGUUGUCUCCCACAAAUCAUUGACCUUUUUAGCUGUGGGGAUUUCCCAUCCACCGUCAAAAACCUCAUAGUUCCCGCACCCCGCUCCUCUCAUUUCUACUUCCUACCCAAACCCUUUUGUCCAGGGACCCAUUGUUCCUACCCCACUGAACUCAUAUCUGAAUACCUCAACUUGGUUUCAUCCCCCCUCGUUCAGUUCCUUCCCACCUACAUCUGUGACACCUCACACGCUCUGGAUCUUUCAAUGACUUAAGUUCCCAGGCCCUGAUCGCCUCAUUUUUUCUUUGGAUGCCCAGUCCCUGUACACCUCCAACCCCUACCAGCAAGGCCUCAAAACUCUGUUUCUUUCUGGACACCAGACCCAACCUGUUCCCCUCCACCACCACUCUCCUCUGCCUGGCAGAACAGGUCCUCGCCCUCAAUGAUUUCUCCUUUGGCUCCUCCCACUUCCUUCAUACAAAAGGUGUAGUCAUGGAACUCACAAGGGUCCCAGCUAUGCCUGCCUUUUGUUGGCUACGUGGAACAGUUUGUGUUCCAAGCCCAGACUGGUGGCCGGCUUCCAUUUUUCCUACGCUACAUCAAUGCCUGCGUUGGUGCUGCUUCCUGCACCCAUGCAGACCUCAUCAACUUUGCCUCCAACUUCCACCCUGCCCUCAAAUUUACCUGGUCCAUUUCCAACCCCUCCCUCCCCUUUCUCGAUCUCACUGUCUCUAUCUCUGGAGACAGCUUAUCUACUGAAGUCUAUUACAAACCCAUGGACUCUCACAACUAACUGGACUAUCCCUCUUCCCUUCCCGUUACUUGUAAAAACGCCAUUCCCUUCUCUCAAUUCCUCUUUUUCAAUCUUUUUAUUAAUAUCAAAAUAGUGGAUAUACACAGUAUUGCUAUACUGGGAUUACAUUGUUAAUAAGUAACAGAUAUAAUUAUAUAUUCAGUUAGUACAAAGAUAAUAAAACCUCCCGAAGAUGUUCAAAUUCAAAUGUAGAGUUCACAAAGAAAGUAUUAACAUAUCAAAAGACUAAAAAAGAAAAAAAAACAAAAAAUAUAUAUCCCCCACCCAAAAAACUAACCUAACCAAUACUAACCUAACAGAAAAAAAACUAAGAAAAGGAAAGAACAUGGGCUGUUAAUAGCAUCAAAAAAACAGGACCAUUAGUGUCACCAGCUCCGAACCUCCCUACAUGUAUUAACACAAGAACAGGUUUGGAAAGGGGUCAAAUCACAUCAUAAAGUGUUGAAUAAAAGGCCUCCAAGCCUGAUCAAAUUUAAUCGAAGGGUCGGAUAUAACACUUCUGAUUUUUUCUAAGUUUAAACAUAACAUAGUUUGAGAGAACCAAUGAAAUGUGGUGGGAGGAUUAAUCUCCUAAUUCAGCAAAAUCGAUCUUUUAGCCAUUAAUGUGAGAAAUGCAAUCAUCCGACGCGCUGAAGAGGUUAAAUGGUGUGAUUCUGUCAUUGGUAAACCAAAAAUUGCCUUAGUAGGAUGAGGCUGUAAAUCAAUAUUCAAAACAGUUGAGAAAAUAUCAAAGAUAUCUUCCCAAUAUUUUUUCAGAGCGGAACAUGACCAAAACAUAUGAGUUAAAGUGGUCUCUGUCACAUACUGGACUUAAAUGAGAAUAAUAAUGAGCUAAUUUAUCCUUAGGCAUAUGAGCCCUCUGACCUACUUUGAACUGUAUCAACGAAUGUUUAGCACAUAUAGAGGAUGAGUUAAUUAAUUGAAAAUUUUCUUCCCAUGAUAAUAUUACCUAAAUUUUUAUAUUUAUUUCAAGUGGUGCCAAUUUUUAUUCCAAAAUCGUCCUUUGAUAGUGUUGAUUCUAACAUCUCUUCUAUUUGGCAGAAUAAAAAUCCAAAGCUAGGCACAAAAUACUUACAGAAGUCUAAACAGGAGGGCGGUCCGGCACUGCCAAAUUUUUGAUUUUAUUAUAGGGCAAUUAAUAUUCACUAUUUGAAAUUUUGGUUAUGGGACUUGGAUAUAACUUUAAGCCCUCACUGGGUAAAUCUCGAAUGUAACUCGGUACAAGGGUUUUCACUGGGUUCUAUUCCAGGGACUUGGCUUACCUUUGCUCUUUCUAAAUUGCAUAAACAAUGAGAUAAUCCAUUAGUUAAAUACACUUUACGAAUAUGGUUUCAAUUUCAAAAUUUUUUUGGGUUAAAUCAAUUUAUUCUAGCAAGUCCUAUUAUAUCUAACUAUUUUUUCUAUCCCUCUAUUAUGGAUCAAGCCUAUUUGACUUGGAAAACUAAAGGUAUUUCACGAUUUUGAGAUUUAGUUUUGGAUAAUUGUUUCAUGUCAUUUGAGCAAUUAUCUAACAAAUAUAAUUUACUUAGAUCUCAUUUCUUAAGAUAUUUACAGGUGAGAAACUUUUUAAAUACCGUCCUUCAUACUUUCCCGAACUUAUACUCUAUGGAGAGUUUGGAAAAAGUUUUAGAUUUAAAUCCUUCUCAGAAAGGUGCAAUAGCAUCUAUCUACAACAUAAUUAUGAAAAUUCGUUCAGAUGCAUCUAAUAAAAUUAAAAACGAUUGGGAAAGGGAACUUAAGCUCACCUUACCCAUCUCUCAGUUCCUCUAUCUCUGCUGCACCUACUCUGAGGACGAGGCUUUUCAUUCCAGAACUACUGAGAUGUCCUCCUUCGAAGAAAAGGGCUUCCUUUCUUCCACCAUCAACGCUGCCCUCAAAUGCAUCUCUUCCAUUUUGCACUCAUCACCCCGAUCCUCCCACCAGGUAAAGGGUUCCGCUUGUCCUCACCUACCACUCCACCGUCCUUCGCACCUAGCAUGCAAUUCUCCAUAACUUCCAUCAUCUCCAACGGGAUCCCUCUCCCCCCCACCCCGCCACCCUACGUGACUCCCCACUGAUCUCCUUCCUGGUACUUGUCCUUGCAAGGGGAACAAGUGCCACAUCUGCCCCUCACUGCCAUUCAGGGCCCCAGUCCUUGCUGACAACACUGCACCUGAGAGCCUGUCGGGGUCAUGCACUGUAUCUGGGGCCCCUGGUGUGGACUGCUUCGCCAAGCACCUACACUCCAUCCACCAGCCAGUGGCUACCCGUUUCGAUGCUACUCCCCAUUCUGAUAUGUCAGUCUACGGCCGCAACAAGGCCACACUCCGGUCGGGGAAGCGUUAUGUUCCAUCUGGGUAGCCUAACAGCAUGAACAUUGGCUUCUUGAACUUCUGGUAAUUGCCUUCCCCCUUUCACCACUUCCCAUCCCUUUUUCUUCUCUCUCACCUCAUCUCCUUGCCCGCCCGUCACCUCCUUCUGGAGCUCCUCCCCAUUCUCUUCCUUCCAUGGCCUUCAGAUUCCCCCUUCUCCAGCCCUUUAUCUCUUUAUCCAGUUAACUUCCCAGCUCUUUACUUUAUCCCUCCCC